CUUGAGGAGUUCCUUGCUCUGAGAGAGAACAUCACUGUUGCUAGGGGGCUGCGGAGCCCGGGCAGCUCCUUCCGCACGCCGACCCCUGCCUCCCGUGGCAACCGCUGUAGCUGUGGCGCAGAGCCUCGCCCACUGCCAUCCCCACCCUCUCCAUCCUUAGCCAUUAAACAACGCCGACUCCAGGCACGUUCUAGCAGGACUCGGGCACAGAAGAGGAGAGCGAUCCAUCGGAAGCGCAGGAGGACCUGCCAGACGACAUGCGGCCGCCCGGAGCCGCCCGGGCGCCCGAGGUCUGAGACUGCCAGCCAGGACUGGUCAUUGUAAGCGCCACAGGGACCCGCUGGCGCUGCCGUCCCUCCCGGGUCCCUGGUCGCGCCACGAUGGGGCACCUGCCUAGGGGAACGCUCGGGGGCCGCCGCCUGCUACCUCUGCUCGGGCUCUUUGUGCUGCUCAAGAUUGUUACGACGUUCCACGUGGCUGUGCAAGACGACAACAAUAUCAUUGUGUCUUUAGAAGCUUCUGAUAUAGUCAGCCCAGCAUCGGUGUAUGUUGUGAGGGUAGCUGGCGAAUCCAAAAACUAUUUCUUUGAAUUUGAGGAAUUCAACAGCACUUUGCCUCCUCCUGUGGUCUUUAAGGCCACGUAUCACGGUCUUUAUUACAUAAUCACUCUGGUGGUAGUCAAUGGGAAUGUGGUCACCAAACCAUCCAGAUCAAUCACCGUGUUGACAAAACCCUUGCCUGUAACCAGUGUGUCUAUCUAUGACUAUAAACCUUCUCCUGAGACAGGAGUCCUGUUUGAAAUCCAUUAUCCAGAAAAAUACAAUGUAUUCAGCAGAGUGAACAUCAGCUACUGGGAAGGGAGAGACUUCAGGACGAUGCUGUACAAAGAUUUCUUUAAGGGGAAGACGGUGUUUAAUCACUGGCUACCAGGAAUAUGUUACAGUAACAUCACUUUCCAGCUGGUAUCAGAGGCAACUUUUAAUAAAAGUACCCUCGUGGAGUACAGUGGUGUGAGCCAUGAACCCAAACAACACAGAACAGCACCAUUUCCACCUCGAAACAUCUCUGUUCGCUUUGUCAACUUGAACAAGAACAACUGGGAGGAGCCAAGCGGGAGCUUCCCCGAGGACUCCUUCAUCAAACCACAAGAUUCAACCGGAAGAGACAGACUCUUCCAUUUCCCCCAAGAAACUCCGGAGACUCCCCCCAGCAAUGUAUCCUCCGGUUGGCCAGACCCGAAUAGCACCGACUAUGAAAGCACAUCUCAGCCCUUCUGGUGGGACAGUGCAUCCGCGGCCCCUGAAAACGAGGAGGACUUUGUCAGUGUGCUGCCAGCAGACUAUGACACCGAGGCCACACUCGGCAGGACGGAGAAGCCCACAGCCGACCCUUUCUCUGCCUUCCCUGUGCAGAUGACUCUGAGCUGGUUACCACCAAAACCGCCCACAGCCUUCGAUGGCUUCAAUAUCCUCAUAGAGAGGGAAGAGAACUUUACCGAUUAUUUGACAGUAGAUGAAGAAGCCCAUGAAUUCGUUGCAGAACUGAAGGAGCCUGGGAAAUACAAACUCUCAGUGACGACCUUUAGUUCCUCGGGGGCCUGUGAGAUUCGGAAAAGCCAGUCAGCAAAAUCGCUCAGCUUCUACAUCAGCCCCACAGGCGAAUGGAUUGAAGAACUGACCGAGAAACCUCAACAUGUGAGUGUCCACAUCUUAAGCUCAACAACGGCCUUGAUGUCGUGGACGUCUUCCCAGGAGAACUACAACAGCACCAUUGUGUCCGUGGUGUCCUUGACCUGCCAGAAACAGAAGGAGAGCCAGCGGCUGGAGAAGAAGUAUUGUACCCAGGUGAACUCAAGCAAACCCGUCAUUGAGAACCUGGUUCCCGGUGCCCAGUACCAGGUUGUGAUGUACUUAAGAAAAGGCCCUUUGAUUGGGCCACCUUCUGAUCCUGUGACAUUUGCAAUUGUUCCCACUGGGAUCAAGGAUUUAAUGCUCUACCCCUUGGGUCCCACGGCUGUAGUGCUGAGCUGGACCCGACCUAUCCUGGGAGUCUUCAGAAAAUACGUAGUUGAAAUGUUUUACUUCAACCCCACGACCAUGACCUCAGAGUGGACAACCUACUAUGAGAUAGCAGCGACUGUCUCCCUGACGGCAUCCGUGAGAAUAGCAAACCUAUUGCCAGCGUGGUACUACAACUUCCGAGUAACCAUGGUGACAUGGGGAGAUCCAGAAUUGAGCUGCUGUGAUAGUUCCACCAUCAGCUUCAUAACAGCCCCUGUGGCUCCAGAAAUCACGUCUGUGGAGUACUUCAACAGCCUGCUGUACAUCAGCUGGACCUACGGGGGUGCCACCACUGACCUGUCCCAUUCUAGAAUGCUGCACUGGAUGGUCGUUGCAGAAGGGAGGAAGAAAAUUAAAAAGAGCGUGACACGCAAUGUCAUGACGGCCAUCCUUAGCCUGCCUCCAGGAGAUAUCUACAAUCUGUCUGUCACGGCCUGCACUGAGAGAGGGAGUAACACCUCCUUGCUCCGCCUUGUCAAGCUAGAACCAGCCCCUCCCAAGUCACUCUUCGCAGUGAACAAAACACAGACAUCGGUGACCCUGCUGUGGGUUGAAGAGGGUGUAGCUGAUUUCUUUGAAGUCCUCUGUCAGCAGCUCGGCUCUGGCCACGAUGGCAAACUCCAGGAGCCAGUAGCUGUGUCCUCCCACGUGGUGACCAUCUCCAGCCUCCUCCCAGCCACUGCUUACAACUGCAGUGUCACCAGCUUCAGCCACGACAGUCCCAGUGUCCCUACAUUCAUAGCUGUCUCCACAAUGGUUACAGAGGUGAACCCUAACGUGGUGGUAAUCUCAGUGCUGGCCAUCCUUAGCACACUUUUAAUUGGACUGCUAUUAGUGACCCUUGUCAUUCUCAGAAAGAAGCACCUGCAGAUGGCUAGGGAGUGUGGAGCUGGCACGUUUGUCAAUUUUGCAUCCUUAGAGAGAGAAGGGAAACUUCCCUACAGCUGGAGUAAAAAUGGCUUAAAGAAGAGGAAACUGACCAACCCUGUUCAGCUGGAUGACUUUGAUUCUUACAUCAAGGAUAUGGCCAAGGACUCGGACUAUAAAUUCUCUCUUCAGUUUGAGGAGUUGAAGUUGAUUGGACUGGAUAUCCCUCACUUUGCUGCAGAUCUGCCGCUGAACCGAUGUAAAAACCGCUACACAAAUAUCCUACCAUAUGACUUCAGCCGGGUGAGGCUAGUCUCCAUGAACGAAGAAGAAGGUGCAGACUACAUUAACGCCAACUAUAUUCCUGGAUACAACUCACCUCAGGAGUACAUUGCCACCCAGGGUCCACUGCCGGAAACCAGAAAUGACUUCUGGAAGAUGGUCCUACAACAGAAGUCCCAUAUCAUCGUCAUGCUCACUCAGUGCAAUGAGAAAAGAAGGGUAAAAUGUGACCACUAUUGGCCAUUCACAGAAGAACCCAUGGCUUAUGGGGACAUCACCGUGGAGAUGGUUUCUGAGGAAGAGGAGGAAGACUGGGCCAGUAGGCACUUCCGGAUCAACUAUGCGGACGAGGCGCAGGACGUGAUGCAUUUUAACUACACAGCCUGGCCCGAUCACGGCGUGCCUCCAGCAGACGCCGCCGAGAGCAUCCUGCAGUUUGUGUUCACGGUCCGACAGCAAGCCGCCAAGAGCAAAGGGCCCAUGAUCAUCCACUGCAGUGCGGGUGUGGGACGGACAGGAACCUUCAUUGCCCUGGACAGGCUCCUGCAACACAUUCGAGAUCAUGAAUUUGUGGACAUCUUGGGGCUGGUGUCAGAGAUGCGCUCAUACCGCAUGUCAAUGGUACAGACAGAGGAGCAGUACAUUUUUAUCCAUCAGUGUGUGCAGCUGAUGUGGCUGAGGAAGAAGCAACAGUUCUGCAUCAGUGACGUCAUCUACGAGAAUGUCAGCAAGUCCUAGUUCAGAAUCUGGAGCGGUGAGGACAUGAUAGCUGUGCAUCCUCCCUUGCUUCCAGAGUUUUUAUAGGGGUUUUUAGUCACUUUGAUAAAUCGAGUCCCUGCUGUGCAGUAUGUGGACAAGGAGGGGAUUUACCUCCUAGAACCGAGAAGACUUAGCCUUAAGGAGCCUACAGUAUCAUUUGGAGUCUUUUCACUUCUAGAUGUUUGAUGGACCAAAUUCACUAGGAUUCCAGAAAGGUCACCAUGCUCCUCGAGUGACAGGAAUCGCAGUACUUCCUGAUGGCUCAGUUGGCUCUUUGCUGCUCGGGCUGGGUUGAUUUUUUUUUUUUUUUUAAGUGCAAUAAUUUCUGUAUAAUUGUGAUUUUUACAUUCACAAUUCAGAAUGCUGAAUUGUUAUCUGCCCACACCAUCGAUCAGUGCCACAGCCUUGGAAAGAUCCAACAUCAUUGCGGAGUUUUAUCUCAUCCCUGAAAAGGCAUGGCUACACAGGAAGACGUGGUGAUGAAUCGCCUUCAAAGAAACUGAGCGAGUGUGCCCCUCGCUCCAGCCUUGAAGCUACGGGUCACGAGUGGGUGGGCAGAGAGGGACAAGAGCGGCUCUACUCACCCAUCAGCCAGCUUAUCUUCUCCUAUUUCAGAUAUGAAAGCCUGUGUUUCAAAGUAGAGUAGGAAAAACAUUACGUGUCUGACUUGUCAUAGUGGGUUUCUUCCUUGUUGACAGUUGGGAAUUUCUUCUGUGGCUCUUUUGAACUAUUGUCACAGUCCUUUUUGAACAGCCAGAGCUGAUUCAACAGUUUUGACUCUGACUCUAAACUCUGAGCUAUCUUGGUGCCUAGCCUUCACGUUUAUUUUUCUCUCUGUCCACCUGUGUACACAAAAAAACAGUUUCUCCAAGAGCUAUAGGCUGUAAAAAUGCACUUUCUUUCCCCACCCAGAGGAGCUUGGAAUUCCGAAGUCAUGACAACAAUGACCUCAGCAUGUAAGGACAGUUAUUGGACACCAUCCCUUAAGAAUACUGUUGAGUGUCUCUGUGGAUUCCGACAGGAGGUUCUCUGGGUCUUCUUUGCAUUUCUGUUGUCAGAGUCAUUUUAACCUGUGUAGCUAGUGGCAUUAUAUUCUUUGGAUUUUGUAUGAUUAAAGUACAUGAUUGUGUGUUGUGACCAUGAAAGUUGUUGAAAUGAACAUCAAUGCUGUUGUGGGAACCUGUUAUUUUGUACUACUUUCUAAGGUCAGAGGAGGUGAUGGUCUAGACUAGUGGUUCUCUCCUCUGG